AUUACAGCACAGCAGUAUCAUUGUUGUUAGAUUUAGAUUUGGACGGAGCUUUCAACUAAGCAUAGCAUAGACACAGUCACACCCUCAACCUCGUUUCCAUCGACACCAAUAUACUAACUAAAUCACACUUCAAAAACCCUAUUCCAACACAUUUUCAUUUUCAUUUUCCUAUUGGUAUUGGUAGUUAAAUUACAGAAACAAUUAUGGAGGCAACAAUGUCCGCAGCCUGCAAUUCUCUCACCUCACCAUCCACCGUCACAGGUUUAUUUGCGACGAGAGGAGGAGGAUUGAACAAGAAUUCACAUUCUCAGUGCACUUUCUUGACCGGAACAAACAAGCUGAAGUUUCCGAGGCAAACUACUCAACCUUGUAAACAACGCCAAACGCGUCAUUGCGGUGCUCUUCGUGCAACUUGUCGUCUUGAGAAGAUAUUGGUUGCCAAUCGAGGCGAGAUUGCUGUUCGUGUUAUUCGUACUGCUCAUGAAUUGGGGAUUCCUUGUGUUGCUGUUUAUUCCACCAUUGAUAAAGAUGCUCUUCAUGUUAAAUUGGCUGAUGAAUCUGUUUGUAUUGGUGAAGCUCCCAGUAGCCAAUCGUAUUUAGUGAUUCCAAAUGUUCUGGCUGCUGCUACCAGCCGCCAAUGUACAAUGUUGCAUCCUGGAUAUGGUUUUCUUGCAGAGAAUGCUGUUUUUGUUGAAAUGUGUAGAGAUCAUGGAGUCAAUUUUAUUGGACCUAACCCUGACAGUAUUCGGGUUAUGGGUGACAAAGCAACUGCAAGAGAAACAAUGAAGAAAGCAAAUGUUCCUACUGUUCCAGGAAGUGAGGGGCUUUUGCAGACCACUGAAGAAGCUAUCAGACUGGCACACGAGAUUGGUUUCCCUGUGAUGAUCAAGGCAACCGCAGGUGGUGGAGGACGUGGCAUGCGUCUUGCUAAAGAACCUAAAGAGUUUGUGAAGUUAUUACAGCAAGCUAAGAGUGAGGCAGCUGCUGCAUUUGGAAAUGAUGGGGUUUAUUUGGAGAAGUACAUUCAAAACCCAAGGCACAUUGAAUUCCAGGUUCUUGCAGAUAAAUAUGGUAAUGUUGUUCACUUUGGAGAACGUGAUUGCAGUAUCCAGAGGCGUAAUCAGAAACUGCUCGAAGAAGCACCGUCUCCUGCAUUGACCCCAGAGUUACGGAAGGCAAUGGGAGAUGCAGCAGUUCAGGCUGCCGCAUCUAUCGGUUACAUAGGUGUUGGAACGGUUGAGUUCCUUUUGGAUGAAAGGGGUUCUUUUUACUUCAUGGAGAUGAACACUCGUAUCCAGGUUGAACAUCCCGUGACAGAAAUGAUUUCCUCAGUUGAUUUGAUAGAAGAGCAAAUUCGUGUAGCUAUGGGAGAAAAGCUUCGAUACAAACAGGAGGAUAUUGUACUCAGAGGACAUUCCAUUGAAUGCCGUAUCAAUGCAGAAGAUGCUUUCAAGGGAUUUAGACCAGGGCCAGGUAGAAUUACAGCAUACUUGCCGUCUGGUGGUCCAUUUGUCAGGAUGGAUAGCCAUAUUUAUCCUGAUUAUGUUGUUCCUCCAAGCUAUGACUCUCUUCUUGGAAAGCUGAUUGUAUGGGCUCCGACUAGAGAAAAAGCAAUUGAACGCAUGAAAAGGGCACUCGAUGACACUAUUAUCACAGGAGUUCCUACAACAAUUGAUUAUCAUAAACUUAUCCUUGACAUAGAGGAUUUCAAAAAUGGCAAGGUUGAUACUGCUUUUAUUCCAAAGCACGAGGAGGAGUUGGCUGUGCCCCCACAACAGAAGAUGGUAUUAGUUAACAAGGUGGUGACAGAACCAGCUGGCUCGACUGCCUGAUGGAUAUCAUGACUAUGUGAUGACGCCCUAUAAAGAAUUUGCACUGUUGUAAUCAAUAUGUUGUCCGUGUGUGCUUGAGAAAGUUCUAAUGAAAUUUUGAUAAUUAGUCUCCCAUAAUUAUCCGUCCAAUAAUUAUUUUGUAAAAUGGUUAAUUAAUUUCAUGUUUAAUUUAUCACCCCGAAUAUUAGUGCUAGGUUAUGGGAUUUCACCAUGAUUUUAGAUGAUUGUUGUCUCAUUUCAUGUUUUGUAAUUCUUAUAUUAAGAACACACUUUUAGAUAGAGUAAUAAACUGCAUCAUAUCUAGCAAGUUGAAUUUCAGGCAUGUUUCAAUUUGUGUCACUAGACUAUUAUAAAUCUAGCUUUUUGUGAAA